ACUGUUAAUCUGCAUCCGACGGAUUAAAAUCACGAAUAAUACAUGUGAUAAACAAAAACGUCGAAAACAUAAACACGCACGUUUUAAUUGUUAAUUCUUCUAUUUUGUUUGCCACAGUGGUCAGGUGUGCGGACUGGGACCGUGGGUUGGGACACAUGUUUACGCCAGUGCGUUGCUAAGCAACCACUGAACCCGGCAACGGUUCGAGCUGUAAACAAGCAGGAAAAUGACAUGAGAUGAACUUUACUGCACUUUAAUUUAGCCUUUUUUCUAUGAAUGGACGGCUUUUUUUGUGUAGCAUCACAUCAAAUCUAAUCUAAUCCAUGCAGAUGUAUUCAUAAGGCUAUAGAACUAUUGUUUUCUACGACCAAAGCUUCCUAUAGAUCGAUAAAAAUGGCUUCAAGUUAUGGAUCACUGGUAAAGGAGGCCAUGGUUCUGCUCGAUAAAUUUACUGCAAGCAGAUUGUGUUUAGAUGACUUGGUGGAAGACGCUUCUAAAAGUCUGCAGAGCAUAGAUGAUGAGCACAAGAACUUUAUUCUUGAUGUUGUUUCUGGGUGUAUUGAGCAUAAGAAGCUGCUAGAUGUUGUUAUUGACCUUUUCUAUGAGCACCAUGGAAAGGGCCUAUCCAGAGGUGAUCACAGCCUGUAUGUCGUCGUCUGCUACCUCAUCACAUUUGUCCUUGAGGACCUCGGACUUACGUGUUUUGGCGUCAUUGUCAAAUCUCUGGGCCUCAAGAAAGUGCACACAUUCCUGAAUUUCUUCUUUACAAAUCUCAUCACAUAUAUACAAGAGAAGUGGAAUACUAUGUAUGAUGCUGCCUAUGUAAAGAAACACUUGAUUAUUCCUCUGCUAAGAUGGCGCCCUGAGGUUGAUCUCGUCAUGGAUCAACUUGCUGCUAAAGUAUCUCACAGGCAUCACGUGAAGAAAGCGCCCAUGAAGACCACAGAGCCUCAGGAAUUUGCUCUCACCAAACCAAAACCUCGACCCCUGCCGAUGCCUGAACCCAUUCCACAGCAGGAAAAACACAAACCAGUACCAAAUAGCACCUACAAGAACCCCAAAGACAUGCAGAUCAUAGCAGAAAACAAACAAAAGAACCAUCACAAGGCCGAGGAACUUCUUUAUGAGGCAAAUAUGAAGCAGUUCAGAUGUAUGAACUCUCAAAAGUCAGAAAACUUCAAGAAAGUGACUUCUCAGAUUGAGGAAGACUUUGAAUCGAAGCUCAAGUUCAACUCUUUCCUCUCUUCUAGACUCCCUUCCAGCACUAAAAAGUCCACAUGGCCUGUCAAGCUCAACAGUGCAGCCAUCCUGCGACAGGGGGCGAUAUUUGACCGUCAGGUGGAGGAGGAGCUGCAGAGAGUGGAGUGUCUUGUACAGGGGGCACAAGAGCCCUCCUCUUUCCUACAGUGGCAAAAGGAAAUGCGUGAGAAGGACAAACUGGAAGAAUUGGCGAAGAUUGAGCGCAGGCGUCUGGAGGGACGCAUCAGCUACGAGGAGGCAGCUAUGGCGCGAACGCGAAUCAUGGAAUGCAACCAGAAGGCUGCAAAGCUCAAGAAAGAAGAGACAGCUGAAAUAAUGCGACGAUAUGCUGAGAAGAGGCUGAAAGAAGAAAAAGAGAUGAGAGAUUUGGUACAACAAGUGGCAGAAGGUCAUAAGAAUUCCAAAUUUGCAAAAGAGAAGAUACAAGCAUUGAAGCGAAGUAUAGUGAAAGAAGUCUCAGAGCAAAGUCAAGAACUCCUUCGCCAAGCAUUAGAGGAAGCACAGGCAGAGCUCAGCAGAAGAUUUGAAAUUAUCCGUGAAAUCCACGCUCUUGAAUCUGUUCCUCACAUCAGACACAAGUAUUUUGAUGACACAGAGACUGCAGGCCAUGAGCUGCUGGGGGAGAUGUCGCUGGCUGAGCUGAGAGAGCGUCUGGGGCUCUUGAAGGAAGCACAACAAAUGGAGCAGCAGGAGAAAUGGGAGCACAUCCAGGAGGAGAAGCACAACAAGGAACAACUACUUUUACAGCAGCUGGACACCAUCAACCUCCACAGGAAAGCACUGGCGCAGGCCGCUGCCAGCAGGAAAGAGGAGAGGAAAGCCAAGCUGGCUUCACUGCAAACGGUGACUCAGGAUGAGACAGUAUUGGCUCUGCAGAAGAAACUCGAAGAGAAACAGCAAGAACGCCAAAGACUGAAGCAAAUCAGAAAUAACAAGGCCACAACGUCUGAACAGACACACACUGUUGAAAGUAGGACACACAGCAAAAAAAGCUCGGAGGAGGAAAGCUGGAAGGACCUGGAACGGAGUUUAGAGCGUCAUAUCCAGAAGGAUGCUGCAUAUGUGGUUUCUCAGAGGGAAACACUAAAGACAUAAAUAGAUUACUUUAAAAAUAAAGGAGCAACAUACCCAGUGUGCCUGUGAACAUUUUAGAUCAUACAUCAGACAUACCUUUAACAAAUUGUGUGUCUUCUUUAUAGAUCUGUUACAUUCUUAAAUAGAAUUGAUUUGCAUGAAAUUCAUGAGUUUUCUGUUAAAUUUGCAUGUGUUUCCAUUGGCUGUAAAACAUUUUAUACUUAAGUCUCAAACAUAGUUGUGAUUUGUGUUGGUGUAAUGUAUCUAAAACAUCUACUCAAGAACUGUACAGACUGUUUUGUAGAAAAUUCUUGUGACAAAGAAAUGAAGUCAAUUUUUGUCAUGAAUUUAAGUUAAAGCCAUCGGGGCUGUCUUGUGGCAAACAUCUAGCAGAAUACACACGAGUCAUGUGUUCAACAAAUUUAAUAAAGAAAUAAAAUCUAUUCAGUUUAAUGACAAUAAAACUCAAUUUUCUGAAUAACAAGUAACAGAAUAAUUUAGAGCAUCUGACAUCAAAAAGCAAUUUAUUAACAACUAUCGGGCCAUUAAUAGAAUGUCACAUUAAAGUAAUAUUAUACUGUGUAGUAUUUCAACAAACAAUUGGAGAUGGUCUAAUAAUUAUUUCCAAAGUUGAAUAUAACCAAUAAUUCUGAGGUACCUUUAUGUCACUUGAU